AUGGAACAUCUUGAAGAACAUCUAAUCCUAUCCGACUUCCAACACGGAUUUAGACGUAACCGAUCAUGUGAAACACAACUCAUUAACACCAUAGAAACAGUGGCAAGAGAACCGGACAUUCGAGGACAAAUAGACAUGCUUAACCUUGAUUUUUCGAAAGCGUUCGAUACAGUUCCCCACCAAAGACUUCUAAAGCAAAUGGAACACUAUGGGAUAACAUACAACACUCUACUAUUGAUUUCUGCAUGGCUCACUCAGCGACACCAGAGAGUAUGUCUAGAUGGAGAAACCAGUGAGAACAAACCAGUACGAUCAGGGGUACAGUAUUAG